AUGGAGCAGCUGUGUCAUGGCUGUCCUGGACACAUGAAGAGUCUGCAUUAUUUGGAGAAUUUGACCCAGGAGGCUGGGUUGAUCGGUAUGCUGCGAGUGCUGCGGCUGGAUUCCCUGGUGAAGCUGAUUUCAGACAGGACCACACUCCGGGGUUCAGUCUCUCUCCUCCUUUCUCCUUCUGCCAGGUCUCAUCACCGUCCCCCUGUCCUCCUGCCCUCACGUCUCUCCUCCGAAGCCAAAACACUCCAACUCAAACUCCUGUCAGAUCUGCUAAAGCGGCGCAUCAAUUAG